GCUUGAAGGAAAAGGAAAGAAGGCAAGGGCAAAAUGCAGGCAUAAGAAGAUGAUGGGGAAGGGGAAAUUGAUUGGAGGCGCACAAAGGAGACAAGGAGGCCCCACUCGGAUCCCCCCACCAGCUCCAACCCUUUUCCCCUUCUUCCCCUUCUUCGUCGGCUUCCUUUUCCAACGACACACCCAACUAAAACCCCAAGACCAGAGUCUUCCGCGUCUCGUCGCUAUCUCUCUCUUUGAUUUUCACUCCUAAGACCGAGAAUUCACCCAUGCAGAGUGAUUCCGGAAGUGGGUCAGCGUCGACGGUGUCUAGGGAGGACAAUCUUGCCCUGUCUUCCGAGGAUUCCUCCUCAACCCCGGAUGAUUGCGGCCUCGGCCUCAGCCUCGGUCUGUUCCUCGGGAUUGGCAACGGGGCGACCAUGCAGAGGCCGGGUCCCAAGAUUCUGACGGCCUAUGACUUGCCCGGCGCGCUCUGCUCCUCAUCGGCUUCUUCCACGUUGAGCAGAGUCAAUGGGAUUGCUGGGAGCAAAAGGACCGCCGACUCCGUCUCCCCUUCUAAUGCUUCCAGUCAAGUUGUGGGAUGGCCUCCUAUAAGAGCUUAUAGGAUGAACAGCUUGGCUAAUCCGGGAAAAUCUCCUUCCAACAAAGAAUCAAACUCUACUGUUGGGAAAGAUAACACCAAGAGUAUUGCACAGCAGAUGAAAAAUUGUGGAAAUGGUCGAGAUUCUAACCCCAAACAGGGACUGCUCUCGAAAUCCUCAUAUGUCAAAGUGAAUAUGGAUGGAGUUCCCAUCGGAAGAAAAGUCGAUCUUUCUGUUCAUGACUGCUAUGAGAAGUUAGCCCACACAUUGGACAAGAUGUUCGACGCAUCCAUUGCAACUGCUAAUUCGACUCAAUGUCCGAGUCUCUUGGGAGCACCAAGAUCCUCGAAGUUGCUGGAUGGUUCAUCUGGUUAUGUACUUACUUACGAAGAUAAAGAAGGAGACUGGAUGCUUGUCGGCGAUGUACCUUGGGGAAUGUUCCUUACCUCCGUGAGAAGACUGCGGAUCAUGAGGACUGCUGAAGCUAAGGGAAUCAGUACAUAGAUGUGGAAUGAACAUAUCGACUUUCAUUUCUUACAUGGUUUCAUAUGCUUUUUCUUGGAUAUCCUAGUGCCAACUUGAGGUGCAUGCGUGGUCCCUCAAAGUGUACAUUGAGACCCAUCCGCAAUGAUGAAAAAUGAAAAAAAAAUGAAAAGAAAAGAAAAAGAAAGAUUAGAAGCACCUCAUUCCGGCUGCGAAAGCUUGUAAAGAAUUGAGGAAUUUGAGCUCCAAUUGUUUUUUGUUUUCUGUUGAUGUUGAUGUUCCAGGAUGAGCACUGUGCCCUUGGGUAGUUUUUCAUUGUAUAUAUCGUAGUUUGUUACUUU